UUCAAAAUGGCGACAACUUUAGAAAACGCAAACCCGACUAUUUUCCUGCAGAAAACAGAGCGGGAAGUUCUCCCUGACGAAGAAAAUGAGGAUGUUGUGGACAAGAUCGAUGAACGAGAAGUAUUUGAUCUGAUUCGUUCUAUCAAUGAUCCUGAACAUCCUCUUACUCUGGAGCAGCUGAAUGUUGUGGAGCAGUCUUUAGUAGAGGUGGAUGAUGCAAAUAAUUAUGUGAAAGUUCAGUUCACUCCAACAAUUCCUCACUGUAGUAUGGCAACCCUGAUUGGUUUGGCAAUACGAGUCCAGCUUUUAAGAUCACUGCCUGAAAGAUUCAAGGUUGAUAUCAACAUAACCCCUGGUGCCCAUGCUUCAGAAGAUGCAGUAAACAAGCAGCUGGCUGAUAAAGAACGAGUUGCUGCAGCUUUGGAAAACACUCAUUUGUUGGAAGUUGUAAAUCAGUGCCUCACAGUGCGUCACUGAGGUGGCUUAUAAUAUUUGUAAUGGGAACAAACUGUAUAUGGCUGCAAAAAUUGCACUGAGGGAUAAUCUAGGCAGUUAGUCAGCGUUUCACAGUUUGCUUCGAAGGGUGGCAGCUAAAAAUACAAUCUACAUGUAUUUGCCUGACAGUCAGCUUAAAUGUGUGAACUCCAUCUGAUUUGGAAAGUAUUACAGUACUGUGGGAACACUAGACUUUCAUGAUGUUGGCACACCCAAACAGAAGUUCCUCACUCUCCAUUUACUUCAACUUUUAAAACAUUCUGUGAAAGCAGAGGUUCACUAUGCUGCUAGUAAUGCUGUGGCUUGAUUUAAUAAACAGUGGCACAAGAUAGGUUAUCCCAAACAUCCUAUAUGUAGGAUACAGCUGUUGUUUGGUCUAGUCUUUUCACCCAAAGAAAAGGAAAGAUUUCACCCACCCCUGGACAGGGGCUUAUCAUGGUGGGCGGAAUUGGAGGGGGGGAUUAAAUAAACAUCUAACUGAGGGUCUAUGUGCAUAUUGUUAUUUUUCCCCUGUACUGUCCCCCAAAUUUAAUGAAUAAAAUACAAAAACCUAUUAUGUUUAAAAUGGAAACUACAGCUGGGUUCUAAUUCUAAGUCAAUUUUGUACAGCAAGCAAUCUACCUAGUCUGAUUAAAAGAUAAUAAACCAA